AUGUCACAAUUCAUUUUUAUUCUAUGUCUCCUGGCUGGAACAUUUUGGGGUUUCGUCCCAAAUGAUCCGGAUUUCGGAGGAAUUAUCGGAUAUCCUCAUGACGACAUUCAUUCACUUCCUAGCGCCUUCGCCUCUUUCUCGGAUACGCCCCAUCAGAAUCCAGAUGAGGAGAUAAUUUGCGAGGAUAAAUUUAACAAGUGUGAGUCAUACGUUCGUCCUUACUCGAAUCACACUAAAAUUCUAGAUGAGCUUGCCGGAUAUCUCUCCACGAUCACACCUGACAUUAAGGUUUCAGUCACUCUCAAGUCGGCUCUUCCCAUCGGAGACCGCAUCAAAUUCAAUGCUACUGCUAUUGGAAUCAGUUCAUCUACAAUUGAUGUUGAAUUCGUUUUGAACAAACCGGACCAACAAUUGGCAUACGCACAGGUUCAUAGGUGCCCAAUACCACGCGAUUCUUAG